AUGGACAGCGGGUUUUCUCUAGCCGGGAAUCCGCUCCUCCAUGUGGACAUCCACAUCAACGAGCAGCAGCCUCAGAGGGGCAUCCUGCAGCUGCUGGGCAGACUCCGUCCUGACUGGAAGACACAGGACAUCCAGAUGAAGACGUUCACAGAGGGCAUCACCAACCGGCUGAUCGGCUGCUACGUGGGCUCUCUGCAGGGGUCCGGCUGCGUUCUGGUGCGGCUCUACGGCCGGAUGACGGAGCUGUACGUGAACCGGGACCGGGAGGUGGAGAUGUUUCAGGUGCUGCACAGCCACGGCUGCGGCCCCGAGAUCUACUGCAGCUUCCGGAACGGCAUCUGCUACGAGUUUGUUCAGGGAACGGUGCUGGACGACGAGCUGCUCCGGCAGCCCUCCAUCUACAGAUUGAUCGCAGCAGAGAUGGGGAGAAUCCACUCGAUCCGGCCAAGCUGCGGUCGGCCUGUCGAGCCUCUGCUCUGGACCAAGAUGUCCCGCUUUCUCACACUGGUGCAGGGCAGCUUGAAGAGCGGCGCGGUCCAGCAGCGGCGCACGAAGAGCUCGGCGGCUCUGCAGGAAGUGCCCAGCUUCGAGACGCUGUCGGCGGAGAUGCAGUCGCUGAGGAGACACCUCUCACCCCUGGACUCCCCCACCGUCCUCUGCCACAACGACCUGCUGACAAAGAACAUCAUCUACAACCCCGCGGACGGGAUGGUGAAGUUCAUCGACUACGAGUACGCCGACUACAACUACCAGGCCUUCGAUAUCGGCAAUCACUUCAAUGAGUUUGCUGGUGUGAACGAGGUGAACUACAGCCUGUACCCGAGCCGGGAGCUGCAGAGGGACUGGCUGACGGCCUAUCUGGAGAGCUACAAGCACAGCUCGGGUCGGGAGGUCACGGUCACGGAGGCAGAAGUCACACAGCUCUACAUCCAAGUCUGCAAAUUCUCACUCGCAUCCAACUUCUUCUGGGGUCUUUGGGCCAUCCUGCAAUCACACUACUCUUCAAUUGAAUUUGACUUCCAGAGGUACGCCACGGCGCGACUCAACUACUAUUUCGAGAAGAAAGAGGAAUAUUUAGCUCUGGCAAUGAAUUUGACAUUAACUCCUGAGCACGAGCGUUUCUCUUUAGAUCAAACGGCAGGGACGGUAAUUUCUGAAGAUGCCAGACAUCAUCAAUAA